GUUUUUCAAGACAGUUUCUCUGUACAGUCUUGGCUGUCCUGGAACUCACUCUGUAGACCAGGCUGGCCUCGAACUUAAAAUCUGCCUGCCUCUGCCUCCCAAGUGUUGGGAUUAAAGGCAUGUGCCACCACUGCCCAACUCUACCCUCUUUUUUGAUUCUAUUUUGAGACAGGGUCUCUUAAGUUUCUGGGCUGCUCCUGAGUUGUGAUCUUGCAGUUUCAGCCUUCCAGGUAGUUGAGAUAACAUUCGUGAGUCAUCAUGGCAGCCUCAGACACUCUGUCUUACUGUAGUGCUGAAGGUGACACAAUAAGAUAAAGAGACCAGGUUAUAGGACAGAAGGCCAAGCGGGACCAGGGUGGCAGGAAACAGGGUCAUAGCGAAGUCACUGCAGCAGGUGCCACAGGUGCAGUACUGUCAGCCUGUGUGUGUGGCACUGUGCCACCUACCUACCUGUUCACUCCUUGCUCCCUCUGUCUUGCAGCUGACUACAGUAGUGAGGGCUGCUGUGGCUGUCAGGAUGGCUGAGGAGCAGGACUUUGCCCAGCUGUGCAGGCUGCCCACACAGCCCUCCCACUCCCACUGUGUCAACAAUACCUAUCGAAGCACACAGCACUCCCAGGCCCUGCUCCGGGGCCUGCUGGCUUUGCGAGACAGUGGGAUCCUCUUUGACGUUGUCCUGGUGGUAGAGGGGAAGCACAUUGAGGCCCAUCGGAUUCUGCUAGCUGCAUCGUGUGAUUAUUUCAGAGGAAUGUUUGCUGGGGGAUUGAAGGAGAUGGAGCAGGAAGAGGUCUUGAUCCACGGUGUGUCUUACAAUGCCAUGUGCCAAAUCCUGCACUUCAUAUACACUUCUGAACUAGAGCUCAGCCUGAGCAAUGUGCAGGAGACCCUGGUUGCUGCCUGCCAACUUCAGAUACCAGAAAUUAUCCACUUCUGCUGUGAUUUCCUCAUGUCAUGGGUAGAUGAGGAGAAUAUCCUUGAUGUCUACCGGCUAGCAGACCUCUUUGACUUGAACCAUCUGACCCAACAGCUAGAUACCUACAUCCUCAAAAACUUUGUGGCCUUCUCCAGAACUGACAAGUACCGCCAGCUUCCCUUGGAGAAGGUCUACUCUCUCCUCAGCAGCAAUCGCCUGGAGGUUUCCUGUGAGACUGAAGUGUAUGAAGGGGCCCUGCUCUACCAUUACUCCCUAGAGCAGGUGCAGGCUGACCAGAUCUCACUGAAUGAGCCCCCCAAGCUCCUAGAGACUGUGCGCUUUCCCCUGAUGGAAGCUGAGGUCCUUCAGCGGCUGCAUGACAAGCUUGGUCCUAGCCCACUGAGGGACACAGUGGCCAGUGCCCUUAUGUACCACCGGAAUGAGAUCCUGCAGCCCAGCCUUCAGGGCCCACAGACAGAGCUUCGCUCGGACUUCCAGUGUGUUGUGGGCUUUGGGGGUAUUCACUCCACACCGUCUACAAUCCUCAGUGACCAGGCCAAGUACCUGAAUCCUCUACUGGGAGAGUGGAAACACUUCACUGCCUCUCUGGCGCCCCGAAUGUCCAAUCAGGGCAUUGCAGUGCUCAACAACUUCGUGUACUUAAUUGGAGGGGACAAUAAUGUCCAAGGAUUUCGAGCUGAGUCCCGAUGCUGGAGGUACGAAAGGGCACUUACCAUCAUUGCCUUUAUUGUUAGACAACUCCAUGGUGCAGGAAUUGUGGGUUAUGUGGGCUGUUCAGGGUACACGUUAUCAAGGGCACAUCUCUACAGACCUGCAUCUGCCUUUUAUAUGAAUGGUACAGCUUUUCUGGGGUAUACCUGUGUCAUGUAGUGAAGUCCAGAUGAAUCCAGACAAAGUGGACCACAGUGAAAUAAGGAAAAGGGCAUCAGAAUUGCUUUCUUGCCUUUUGACCCUGCUAUCCAGAAACUCAGUCACCCUGAAGCACAGCCUCGUUGUCUGCAGAAGGUUACUCUGGCUGCCAGUACUCAGGGAGCAUGCGUUAUUACUCAGUAAGGGGCUGGGGCAGCUGCUCCUGCUAUCUUCAGUCUACCUCUUCAGUAUCUUUUUUCAAUUUCCAUGCUGGUCUCCUCCGAUCUUUCUCUCCAAAUUACCAGCCAGGAUGUCUUCCAGAUGCUGCCUGCUGGAGCCCACAUCUGAGUACAGAGGAGUAGGAAGGACCAGUAAGCAUCAUUGAGCCGUCACUAAAUUCCCCCUUGGGCCUGUAGUCAGAUGAGUAUGUACUCAAUAGCUACUCUGUGAGGAGGCAGUUUUUCCUGAGGGGUUUUGUGGAUGGCUUUGGUGCAGGUUGCUUCUAACUGUGAUCCCAGAGAUCCAUUUUUUUUGGACAGAUCAAGAGACAUUAGUUUAAGUCUCCAGCUACCAAUGGAUUUUAAGGGAUAUCUUCAUCAUACUUUGGUGGAUGUGGGAACCCCUGCCAUCCCUGGUGCCCGCUACAAGCUAAGAUGAUGUUUUAGAGAGCAGCUCUGGGGUGGGUGCUGAUGCAGUUCACUUUGAUACACAAGUUCUGAUUUUUGGCAAUAAGGGUGAGGCUGGAUUCUGCUCUGUUCCUGCCACAUGAAUUGAGCAAGCGCAGUGAUACUCACCAAGAAGAAAACAGGCAUUUCUUAGUCAUUAUUAUUCCCUGGCCCUAGGAAGCAGUCACCUUUGGUAAACUGAUGAGACUUAAACUUACCUAUAAUGAUUAGAUGGUUGGAAUGGCAGAGUUCAGGAAGAAGGAAAUGACUCACUUCCUUUCAAACUGAAUACUGGAUCCGGUGAGCAUGGCUGAAUUUGGCUCCCCUCAGGUCAAACCUGCAAGCUUCUUUCUUGCAGGGCUCUGCUUCUAGCUGUGGGAUUAAGGCCAGACUGCCCUGCCUUAGCUAUUCAGAGCUGCAAAGCAGAUCUCUCCAGAGCACUGACAGCUGGGAGCUGAACUUGGAUCAUGGCAGGUGGGAUCAAAGGAACAGGAAUUUACAAGUUUGCUGUGGCAAGUAGGGCUGGGUCCUGACUGCCAGCUGACCAGCGUGUCUGUCAUCUCCACCGAACGGAAGCUUCAUUUACUUCCCAGUCAUCUCAAACCUUACAAAGCUGAGGGUGCAGCUCAGCAUCAAAUGUUUCCCUAGCAUGCACAAGGCCCUGGAUUCCACCUCCACCCCAGCACUUGUGUGGUUUGUUUUGUUUUUGGUCAAACUUGCACUAGCUGAGUAGUGAGGAUGUCCUUAAAUCCAUGGUCAUUCUGCCGGAAAAUCACAGUGGCUGAAUCCCUGAAAUAGAUUUUUCUGAGUUUCUUUCUUUCUUCCUAUUCAUAGUUUAACAGAUUGAAAUCUAUAAGCUCUUAGAAUAUAAGAAAACAAUAUUUUACAGUAAAUAAAGUUUUGCAAUCUGAGGACAGUGUUUAGCAGGUGUGUACUAGAACUCUGAUGUUGAAACUGUAAGAAAUUGCCUUGUGAAACAAAUUAAUUUUGUCUUUGUUUCCACUUGUUCUUUUAUUUUCUUUCUUUGAAUUCAUAUAUACAAGUGUAUUGGCUUUGUAUCACUACUAUAAAAUAUCUAAAGUAAUUAGUUGAUAAAGAGAGGAUAUUUAUUUACUGCAUACUUUGGGGUAUGCCCACUGGUUUGUCCCCUGUGAGAGUAGAUGGUAGCGGAGGGAACACUGAACCUGUUGUUACACUGUGCUCCAGGACACAGGAGGGAGGGCAGGGACCCAGAGUUAGAUGAUGUUGUUUAAAGACAGGAUCUUACAAAAGAAAAGAGAGAAAAAAGGAGAAAAAACUGAGUGGUGGUGGUGUGAUUGUGGUAUACUCCUUUAAUUCCAGCAUUCAAGAGGCAAUGGCAGGUAGAUCUCCGAGUUUGAGGCCAGCCUGGUCUGCAGAGUGAGUUCCAGAGCAGCCAAGCUUACACUAAGAAAUCCUGUCUCGAGAAAUCAAAAGUGAGGGGUGGGUGGUGGGUGAUAGGGGGUUGAUUGUCUUAUUCUAUAGUCCUGGCCGACCCAGAACUCUACAUGGACCAGGUUGGCUUUGAACUUGGAGUGAUGCUCUGCCUCUGCUUCCCUAGUGCUACAAUAGGAAGUAUGUGCAGUUAUAGUAGGUCUCACUAUCCUUUGUGUGGAUCCCAGUGGUCCUCCCCAGAUGGUCACCCUGAGGAUCAGGCCUCUCUUAGGGUUACUAUUGCUGUGAUGAAACACCAUAUACAAAAGCACAUUGUGGAAGACAGGGUUUAUUUCAUUCAUAGUUCCCUAUCACUCACAGUUCAUCAUCAAAAGCAAUGAGUGCAUGAACCUGGAGGCAGGAAGUGAUUUAGCGACUGUGGAGGGGUGCUGCUUACUAGCUUGUCUUCUACAGUUUUCUCAGCCUGAUUUACAGAAACCAGGACAUCCAGCCCUGGGGCAACCCCAUGCAUGAUGAGCUGGGUCCUCUCACAUCAAUCACUAAUUAGGAAAAUGCCCUAUGGGCUUGCCUACAGCCUGAUCCUAUGAAGGCCUUUUUUUUUCAGUUGGGGCUUCUCUGAUGACUCACCUUGUGUCACUGACAUAAAACUAGGCAGCACAAGGCCUUUAUAUACAGACCUUUAGAGGACAUUCUACCCAUGCCAUUCUUUGUACUUUUUUCAUAGCUGUAGCUGGAUAAAUUAAAGUAGUAUUUUGGGUUUUUCUCCUAAGCAUUUCCAUGUACCUUUAAAAUUCUAAUGACUUUAAAACAGUAAUAGUUGGGUCUAUCAUUCCUGCUGUUUAAGAGGCUGAGGCAGGAAGAUUCUGCCUGGGUUACUGAAUGAAUGAGUUAAGGUCCAGCCUGGGCAACUUAGUCAGACACUGUCACAAAAUAGUGAGAAGGCGGCCGGAAGCCCAGUGUGGUUCUUACCUUUAAUCACAGUCCUGGGAGACAGAGACAGGCAGAGAUCUGUGAGUUCCAGACCAGUCAGGGCUAUGCAGUGAGACCUUAUUUCAAAUAAAAGGAGAGUGGUGGGCUGGGGAUGAUCAAGCUCAAUAAUAGAACUCUGAUAGCAUGCACAGAGCUCGAGGUUUAAUCCCUAGCUCUUCGGUGUAUACCCAUCACACCACUAACAGUAAUGGAAAUACAGAAGAAAAAAACCCAACUUGCUAAAUUUGACAAAGACCUAGAACAUGCUUGAUAUUUAUAAUAUCAAUUUAUAAUAGUUUGCAAUUCAGGGGCUGGAGAGAUGGCUUAGCAGGUAAGAGCACUGACUGCUCUUCCAAAGGUCCUGAGUUCAAAUCCCAGCAACCACAUGGUGGUUCACAAUCAUCUGUAAUGAGAUCUGACGCUCUCUUCUGGAGUGUCUGAAGACAGCUACAGUGUACUUACAUAUAAUAAAUAAAUAAAUCUUAGUUAAAAAAUAGUUUGGCAAUUCAAAUAGGUGAAUCAAAAUUAUUAUCUUAGGAAGCUUUGACUGCUAUAACAAAUACUACAGAGUAGGUGGCUUAACUAUCAAACACCUGUUUCUCAUAAUCUUGGAUCUGGAAUGUCAGCUGAUUGAGUCUGGUAAGGACCCUUUCUUGCUGUGACCUCACAUAGUAGACAGACUGUCUCAUCUCUUCCUCUCUUCCCUUCUUCCUUUUUUCUAGUACUUUUCAAGACAGGGUUUCUCUGUGAGCCCUUGGCUGUUCUGGAACUCACUCUGUAUACCAGGCUGAUCUUGAACUCAGAGAUCUGCCUACCUCUGCCUCCUAAGUGCUGGGAUUAAAGGUGUGUGCCACCAC